AUGCAGUCUGAAGAGAAAUCGAUCUUGCCGACGUCGCUGUCGUCCCCAUCCACAUCAGUGUCCGACGUGAGCUCGACUGUGGUGGUUCAUUCAUAUUCGUUGUAUGUGGAGAGCGAUUCCCGGACACGGUUUCCUGUCGAAACCACGGCCCACUACGACCCCAAGACGCAAGAGUUUAUUUUGAACUCGCCAACACUCACCAGUCGCAAGUGGUGGCCCGGCGGGCUCUGCAAAACCGCCAACCACUGCGUGCUCCAUGCCCGGCUGUUCCUGGACGGCAACGACCGCGGCAUCGAGGCGUUUUUGGUGCCACUUCGAGACACCGCGACGCACAGGCCGUUUCCUGGGAUCACGUUGGGGGACAUCGGUCACAAGAUUGGGUUCCAGUCGGUCGACAACGGCUUUUCCGUGCUGGACCACGUGCGCAUUCCGAGUCGAAACAUGCUCAUGCGCUUUGCCAAAGUGGCCCCGGACGGGUCGUUUUCCAAACUUCCGAUGGACAAGUUGGUGUACUUCAACAUGGUCAAGAUCCGUGUUUUGGUGGCGGUGGUGUGCGCACGGUACGAAGCUUUCCUGGCAUCGUGUCGACUGCGAAGGUGCAUUGCUGUCGUCGUGGGCCACGACCAUCCCAUCGUCGUACAAUAUUGA